AAACGGUCACACCGCACCAUUCAGUCCAAUCGGAAUCGCUCCUCGAUAAGCCCAGACAAAUCACGCCUCUAUCGAUUUCUUAUAAGAAAGGAAAACGAACGAGCGUGUUAUCGAGUGCAACAUUUGCGAUUUGCCCUGCUGCGCGCGUGCACUUUUUAUUAAUCUCCCGUAUAAAUCAGAUAUCCGUGUGCAUUUCGAACGCGCUCCGCCAACACACACACAAAAAUUAAGUAAAAAGUAUAACACGAAUUGCGAAUAGCGAAAAAACAAAAGCUUAAACCGUCGAGUGUGAAAAUUUCGAGCUAAAAGCAAAACGAAGCUAAGAGCGCGUGGAAUAGCAAGCAGUGAGAGAGGGGAAUACCACGGACGAUCCAGGACGAAUCAGGACAUAGACAAGGACAAGGAGCAGCAGCAGCAGCAGCAGCAGCAUUUGGCGGUGGAGCAGGAGCUGGCGCGUCUGGAGCAGUGACACGUGAUCAACUCUUACGGGGGGGGAAAGUCAGCAACCAGCAGCCAGCAGAAGCUCCAGAAUCAGCAGCAGUCAGCAGUCGAGGACGCAGGCGGGGCAGUCGGAGGAUCGGGCAACCAUGUCUUCGCCGGCGGCGCAGAGCAACAGCAGCAGCAGCCAGUCGCAGUCCGCAGCCCAGCAGCAGCAGCAGAAUCAAAAGGCCAAUGUCAACAACACACACGACAACAAGAAUGCCGCGGCGACGACGGGGACAGCGGCGGGAUCGGGAGCGGCAGGCUCGGCGGGCACACAGCAGCAGGGUCAGGGCGGCACUGGAACCUCAAGCGGUCCAUCCAGCCCAACCAAGCGCAGCACAAUAUCGACAAAGGAGCGUGUGAUCGACAGCGUGGCAUUUCCGCCGAGCCGUAAACUCACCUGCGCGGAUGUGUUCGACGCGCGGACCGGAAAGCCGCAGCACGAUGUCCUCAAGCAGCACUUCAUCCUGGAGGGCAGGAUCGAGGAGAGCGCCGCCCUGCGCAUCAUCCAGGAGGGCGCCACGCUACUGCGCACGGAAAAGACGAUGAUCGACAUCGAGGCGCCGGUGACGGUGUGCGGCGAUAUCCAUGGCCAGUUCUACGAUCUGAUGAAGCUAUUCGAGAUUGGGGGCUCGCCGGCGACCACCAAGUAUCUGUUCCUGGGCGACUACGUCGAUCGGGGCUACUUCAGCAUCGAGUGCGUCCUGUAUUUGUGGUCGCUGAAGAUCACCUAUCCGCAGACGCUGUUCCUGCUGCGCGGCAACCACGAGUGCCGGCACUUAACCGAGUACUUCACCUUCAAGCAGGAGUGCAAGAUCAAGUACUCGGAGCGCGUGUACGACGCCUGCAUGGACGCAUUCGACUGCCUGCCGCUGGCGGCGCUCAUGAACCAGCAGUUCCUCUGCGUGCACGGCGGCCUGUCGCCGGAGAUACACGAGCUGGAGGACAUCCGGCGGCUCGACCGCUUCAAGGAGCCGCCCGCCUUCGGCCCCAUGUGCGACCUGCUGUGGUCCGAUCCGCUGGAGGACUUCGGCAACGAGAAGAACUCGGACUUCUACACGCACAACUCCGUGCGCGGCUGCUCGUACUUCUACAGCUACGCCGCCUGCUGCGACUUCCUGCAGAACAACAACCUGCUGUCGAUCAUCCGGGCGCACGAGGCGCAGGACGCCGGCUACCGCAUGUACCGCAAGAGCCAGACCACCGGCUUCCCCUCGCUGAUCACCAUCUUCUCGGCGCCCAACUAUCUCGACGUGUACAACAACAAGGCGGCGGUGCUGAAGUACGAGAACAACGUGAUGAACAUCCGGCAGUUCAACUGCUCGCCGCACCCGUACUGGCUGCCCAACUUCAUGGACGUGUUCACCUGGUCGUUGCCCUUCGUGGGCGAGAAGGUCACCGAGAUGCUGGUGAACGUGCUGAACAUCUGCUCCGACGACGAGCUCAUGACCGAGGAGAGCGAGGAGCCGCUCUCCGACGACGAGGCGGCGCUGCGCAAGGAGGUGAUCCGCAACAAGAUCCGUGCCAUCGGCAAGAUGGCGCGCGUCUUCUCCGUGCUGCGCGAGGAGUCCGAGUCGGUGCUGCAGCUGAAGGGCCUGACGCCCACGGGCGCCCUGCCCCUCGGCGCCCUCUCCGGCGGCAAGCAGUCGCUCAAGAACGCCAUGCAGGGCUUCUCGCCCAACCACAAGAUUACCUCGUUCGCGGAGGCCAAGGGCCUGGAUGCCGUCAACGAACGGAUGCCGCCGCGGCGGGAUGCAACGCCCUCGCCGGCGGAGGAGGGCCAGAAAUCACUGUCAGCCGCGGCAGCAGCAGCGGCCAAUGCAAAUGCGAAUUCAAUCAAUGGAUAAUUCUAAGUCAGUUAGCACCAGCUACAGCUGCAGCUACAUAUGUAACAGUCAAGUUAGUCAGUCGGAUCGAUGGGUCCUCUAGGGAUCCGGGUGAUCCGGGGGAUCGGAGGAGAAGGAGGAGGAGGAGGAGGAGCAGCAUAGUCAGUUGGUAGUCGACAGUUAAGCAGCGAACGGUGGGAGGGAGUCAGCACAUACAGUUCGGAACAUAGGAAUAGUCUCAAGUUCGGCUCAAAGAAGAUAAACACUGGGCAUAUACAGACAUAGAACACAACUAAUUGAAAGAUCGUAUAUAGUAUAGAAGGCGAAAUUGAUCAAGGAUAGUAAGGAGCAAGAGCAGAGACACCACCACUACCACCACCACCACCACCACUACAACAACAUAGCAACAACAACAGUAACAGCAACAGCAGCCACUACAACAACAAGAGCGGAGCAGCAGCAUUGCAGCAAGCGUUAACGAGUACUUAUUGGUAUUAAAUGCAAAAAUGCAUAACAACAACACCCCCCAAAAUGGAAGCUAAUUAUAAAGUUGAAAGAUUAUAGAAUUAUAUAUAUAACAAAAAUAUAUAUAUAUAUCAAAAUUUUGUGCAACGUUAUAUCAAAAGAGCAAAUGUAAAAGCUAAGCAGAAGUAUUAAAGUGCGCAUGCGCGCCUGUCUUUUUGGCAAGCAGUUGACCAGAAAGCAGUAGACAUGAAGCAGUUGCCAGUUGCGCGCAUUUCCCCAUUCAAGAAGAAAAAGGAGAAGAAGGUGAUGAUGAUGAUGAAGAAGAUUUAAUGAGGCAAACCAAAAAAAAGAAAAAAGCGUAAUAAAAGCAAAUUAGGUUAUUUAAAUUAUUUGCUAACAAAUUGUAAGACGAAUCGGAAACCAAUCCUUCAUCUCUGUAAAGUCAAACCAAACGAAGUGACAAAACCAAACGAGAACUAAAUCUAGCAUCUAAACUGAAGCGAAAGCUAAGCGAAUUCUACUACUUUCGUUGUGUGGCGUCUGCGGCGACUUCUUCUCAACAACAAAAAAAGAAAACAAAUUAAAAUUAAUGAAAAUGAUAGAAACAAAAACAACUUCCUACAACAACAACAGCAGCAACAAUAUUUUACUACAAUAUUUUAAUACAAGAACAAGAAACGACUGAAUCUCUCUCUAUCUAUCUAACUAUCCGACUCUUUCUCUCUCGCACACACAACAUCAAACACCACAAACACACACACAAAACACGCAAAACAUACAUACAUACACCAACAAGCAGGGCGAUGAUCCAACUCAAAGUUGAUCUCCCCUGUCAAUCGUUUAUCGGUAAUUGUUUAUCGUCGCCAUUGUCGCCUCACACUCUCUCAUCUGGUGAUUGUGUAUGUGGUCUUUAUAUACGUGCCAUCUUUGUCGUAGUCAUUAGCUGAAUAUAUAAUUAGUACACUUGCAUGGGCUGCAGCGAUGCAGGCGCCAGUGCUGAGUCAACCCACCAUCCUUCUCCACCUGCAGCCUGCCAGCAAUCGAAAUAAUCGUUAUCGAACCUAUCGAAAUAAUCGAAUCUCAAGGCGCGUCGAUAGGCUGUUGUCCAAACUCUUCCCCGUUUCCCUCCAGCAUUUGCGCCUGCUUCGUCCUCGUGGCCGUGUGCAAAUCUUUUUUAUACUUAAUGGAAUUUUAGUUACUUUUUAAAGUCGAAAAAGAAGAAGACGUAGGAAGAAUUCAAAGGGGGAUAUGAAGAGAAUAGAAUAGAGCAGAGCAGAAAAAAUAAAUAGAAACGCGAAGCCUAACUAAUGAAGAUGUAAUUAACGUGUGCAAAGGGAAUUUUGUUAUUUCUUAAAUUUUUUUAUAUUUCUUGUUAUCUUUUUUAUAAUUUGUAUUUAUUGUAAACUAUUUAUAUAUAUAUACAUAUACACACACAAUCAGCAACACACAUAAUAUAAAUACAUAAAUAUAUAUUUAUAAACUAAAUUGUUGUUUCUACUUCAUUAUUGUUUACUACACCUUUUUCUAUAAGCGUUAAGUAAUUUAAUUAAAUGAAUUUAAUAAAAAGAAAAUUUAAACAAACAAAAACCGCCUGCAGCCAAAAAGGGCAAGGCGAAACGUUUUCUUAAA